AUGAGUUCAUCAUCAAAUAUAGAAUUUAAAGAAAUACCCAAGAAAUACAUAGAUCCGUUAGCACCAAAGGACAAAGGUGAAGGUUCAAGAGUAAAUGGUAAAAAUUGGAAAAUAAAGAAAGAUGCCUUUAGAGUUAGAACCAUAGGUGUUGUAUCCAAAACCAAGAAGAAUUCAUUUAAACAACGUGAACUAAAGAAAUUAGAAGAAGAACAAUACAAAGCAAGAAUGAAGGAGUUGAAAGAUGAAAAGGAAACAGCUAGAAAACAAAAACUUGAUGAUUUGAAACGAAGAAGAGAAAUUAAGGAAGAAAAGGAAAGAUAUGAAAGAAUGGCUAGUAAGAUGCAUGCUAAGAAGGUAGAAAGAAUGAGAAAGAGAGAAAAGAGAAACAAAUUGUUGAAAGAACGUUGA